AUGGCGUCGCAAAUCCUGCCGCUGGAGCUCAUCGACAAGUGCAUCGGGUCGCGGAUCUGGGUGGUGAUGAAGAACGACCGGGAGUUCACGGGGACGCUGCUUGGGUUUGACGAUUUCGUGAACAUGGUGCUGGAGGACGUGACCGAGUACGAAACGACGGCGGAGGGGCGCACGAAAAAGAGCCUCGCGCAGACGCUGCUGAACGGGAACAACAUCUGCAUGCUGAUCCCCGGGAGCGACGGGCCCGACGCGAGUAGUUGA